CUUCAGACGUUCCCAUCAUAAUAGAAAUGGGCCGAUCUGCUAAAGCAACACGACAGACGUCUUAUGAGAAGGUGAAGAAGCUCCGUAAGAGUAGGGAAUGGAAGAAAAGCGGAUCAAGAGCUAUUCGCAAAGAGAAGAAGGAAUCUGCUCGGGAAGCGAAACUUGAAAGGGAGCAGGAGGAGGUGCCUGUCAUCGAGUCGACUGAGGAUUUACCUCAUGCUGGAGAUAAGGCUGAUAUAGAUAUGUAAAAGAUGACCUCUAUUGGGAACGUA